UGUUGCUAACUUCGCCGUAGUUUUUCCCGCAGUUUGGCGUCCACCGAAUGAUAAAAGAAUUUUGUUACGGAUUUUCUAUGUAAUUAGAUCAAUAGGACAUUUCUUUAAGCAAAGGAUUUGUUUUCUAGUGAUGAUUUUAUAAUAUUAAUAUGUUGUUACCGUGAUUACUCUGUUUGGGUUCAGCUGCUGUGGAGAAAUUUGUAAACAUCGGGAACGCAGGCCCCACGUCUAUGAUUUCUUAUUGGCAUCAUGGCGGAAAUAGUGUACCCGCAAGGCUGCCGCCCAAUUACCGAUGACCUUGGACCAGACGAGCUUGUUCGGAGACUCAAGGCCUUGGCUCACACCCUCCAGGGUUUGGGCCAAGAUGAAGGCAUGUACCAGCAGUUCAUACCGCUGGCGCUGCACCUCGCGGACGACUUCUUUCUCACGCACCCGUCGCGCGACGUGCAGUUGCUCAUCGCAUGCUGCAUCGCUGAUGUGCUUCGCGUGUACGCACCGGAGGCACCGUACAAGGAUCAAGAACAGGUGAAAACGAUAUUCCUGUUUCUGAUCAACCAACUCCAAGGUCUCCGGGACCCAAAAGACCCAGCGUUCAAACGGUAUUUCUACCUGCUGGAAAACCUGGCUUAUGUCAAGUCUUUCAACAUGUGCUUUGAGCUGGAAGACUGUCAGGAGAUAUUCUGUGCCCUGUUCUCUCUUAUGUUUAAGAUUGUCAACACUGAACACUCGUCGAAAGUAAAGUCCUUUAUGUUGGAUGUUCUGUGCCCGCUGAUCACGGAAUCGGACGUGGUCUCGAAUGAACUCCUGAACGUCAUUUUGAUGAACCUGGUGGAGCCGAACAAGCGCGAACAUAAACACGCGUACGCGCUCGCCAAAGAGCUUAUAGUUAAGACCAGUGAAACUUUGGAGCCCUACAUACAGGCGUUCUUUAAUCAUGUUCUAAUAUUGGGAAAAGAAGAAAGGAAUCUUGUUAUAUUUUCGAAAGUAUAUGAAUUAAUAUAUGAAUUAAAUCAAUGUUGCUCGUCCGUAUUACUAGCAGUACUGCCACAGUUAGAGUGUAAACUAAAGUCCGCUCAGUUCCAAGAGCGAUUAAGCGCUGUAGCAUUGCUCGCCAGAAUGUUCUCAGAGCCGGGGUCACAGCUUGCCAAGCAGUAUCCAGCGUUAUGGCGGGCAUUUCUCGGCCGAUUUAACGAUAUCUCCGUGCAAAUUAGGAUCAAAUGUGUCCAAUAUUGCAUGCAUUUCCUCGUACACCAUCCUGACUUGAGGAAAGAUAUCACAGAAACGUUAAAGCUGAGACAGCAUGACGCUCACGAACAAGUUCGUUACGAAGUGGUCAUGGCUAUAAUAGCGACCGCUCAAAGAGAUUUCCAAGCUGUGGCCGAGUCGGAAGACUUGCUGCAUUUUGUUCGAGAAAGGACUUUAGACAAGAAGUUCAAAAUCCGUAAAGAAGCCAUGUCUGGCUUGGCGAUGAUAUACAAGAAAUUCUUGACAGAAGAAUCUGUGCCACCUGCAACUGAACGAGCCGUCCAGUGGAUCAAAGACAAAAUCCUUCACGGGUACUACAUGACAGCUUUAGAGGACAGAUUGCUGGUGGAGAGACUGCUGAAUACCUCACUGGUUCCUUAUACACUGCCUGCGCCGGUCAGGAUGAAGAAGCUCUUUUAUUUAAUGUCUAAUGUCGACGAUAACGCCACGAAAGCGUUCAUAGAGUUGCAGAAACAUCAGUUGGCGGUGCGUAGGUCAGUCGCGGAAUGGGUUGAUCUGCACAGGAAACCGCCGACGCCUGCUGUGCAGAAGGAAAUGAUUGCUAAAGUUUUACACAUUAGUUCCAAAUUUUUACCGGAAUCUGUGAAAGCGCAGGAGUUCUUAAAUAAAUUCUCUGGGCACAUGAAGAAAGCGCCCGAGUUGUUGCAAGGGAUGGAGACGAUUUUGAGUCCAAAUGUCAGCUGUGAAGUUUGUGUGCGCACUACAUCCAAUGUUCUCAAGAAGCUCGGUCAACCGGUGAUGACAAACCUCUAUUACAACACAGUGAAGAUGCUCCUUGAGCGAGUGAGCUCUGUGAUGGUGGAUCAUGAGUCCCUGCUUAUACUUGUUGGUUAUGUGGAGGGAGCUGUCAAGGGCACGGAUUCCUCCAUUGCUGAAGAAUGCGGGAUCGACAUAAAGAAAGCGGCGGAGCGUGGCCUGAAGCUGCUGGUGAUGCUGUCGUUCGUGUUCCCGGCGCACUUCCUGCACGAGGACGUGCUGAGCCGCCUCACGUCGCUGCUGGAGAUGGACGACGAGACCGUGGCGCCGCACAUCCUCGCCGCGCUCACCUUCCUCGGCAAAUAUAGACCAUUGGGUGAAGCAUGCCCGACACUGUUCCCGAAAUUGAUAACUCUCUGCAAGGCAUAUGCUGAAGUUGGAACACCGAAACAGGCUAAAAACGCUGUCAGGUGUCUAUUCGUAAACGUUCCGGAGCAGCGGACACAGAUCUUCACUGAAAUACUGGAGACGCUAAAGACGACUCUGAGCCCGCACUCAGAACACUACCGCACGGCCAUCGUCACACUCGGACACAUCGCGCACAACCUGCCCGAGAGCUUCCCCGUUAUCAUCAAGAACAUUGUCUCUAGGAAGAUAGUGAAAGAAUUACUGGUCAGAGAAGGCGGUGGAGGCUCGAACGCGCCAGAAGGCGAGUGGUGCGAUGAGGAGGACUUGCCGGAAGAGACUCGCUGCAAACUAGAAGGACUCAAAUGCAUGGCCCGCUGGCUCUUGGGACUCAAGAGAGAUGAACUGUCUGCUCAGAAGACAUUUAGGAUGCUCAACGCUUUUAUCAUACACAAAGGAGAUUUAUUACAGCAAAAGCGCGUGUCGGCCGCGGAAAUGUCGCACUUGCGGCUGGCGGCGGGCGCGGCCAUGUUGAAGAUCUGCGAGCAGAAGGGCGUCGGCGACCAGUUCACCGCCGACCAGUUCUACAACCUCUCACAUCUCAUGGUGGAUGAUGUACCACAAGUGCGAGAAGCAUUCGCUGCUAAAUUACAUAAAGGUUUAUCGAAGGGUAUACCAAACAAAUGUCUGCCGUUGGACUUCAUGGGCAUGUACGCACUGGCGGGCCGCGAGCCGGACAAGCGCAUCCGCGGCCUCGUGCGCCAGUACAUGCUGGCGGACGUCGUGCGGCGCCGCGAGUACGUGCGGAACAUCACCAUGGGCACCAAAGUUGAACGCGCAGUGAGCCAGUUGCCGCACAUCCUGCCGGACUACAUGAUGGUGUUCGCGGUGCCGGUGCUGGCACACGACCCUGCCUUUGUAUCCUACGAUAACGUGCCACAGCUCAAAGUGGUAAAACAAUGCCUGUGGUUCGUUCUGGAGCCGCUCAUAACCCGCAACGAUUUCUACUGCUACGGCUUCUACAAGAGCCUCGUGGAGCGGAUGAAGAUGCACAAGGAUGCUCUUAAUGAAAUGGACGAUACUAUGAACUAUAAACUUUGGGCCACGUGCGACCUGGCGAUGUCGGUGAUAUGGACGCGGUCGACCAGUUUCGAGAUGCGCGAGUUCCCCACGGACGCGCGCAUCCCCACCAUGUACUUCGCGCCGCAGCCUGACUACUUUGUCAACACACGCGUGUUCUUACCUCCAGAACUACAGUUCCAACCUAAGAAGCAGGGCUCAGCGGCAGAUACAAACUCCCGCGGCGCCAAGAAACGUGCGCGCGCAGUCGACGACAAGGAGUCUGAAAACGCGAAUGACGUUGAGCCCUCAGAAGCAUCAGACACUCAGAUAAUACUGCCCGGCUUGGAACAGCCCCCGGAAACAGAGCUAGAAGAACCGCUGGCCAAACGUGUGUUGAGCGACUGAGCGCCCCAAACCCAGGGCUGAAGUCCAAUGUGAACCCACGAGGUUUGUUUUAUAACUUUGCAAUCGGUGGCAAUGUCUAAAUUAUUGUAUACUUACUGCCAUAAUCUGUGAAAUAUCAUUUUUUUUGUUAAACUGUGUAUUAUUUGUGGUAACACCUAAAUCAAAUCAAAAACAUUUGAAUUCAAAUUUCAACAUACUGCUUAAACUAAUAACAAUACAAACACCUACGUGGUAGGGGGGCAUCUCUUACACGUAGGGUGUCUGUAGUGUCUUGAGACCCUACUACCACCCUUAAAGAAGGAAUAUUUUAAUAUUGUUUUAUAUGUUAAUAUUGAAAUACUACUUUAACCUGUAAUAAAUUCUAUUUGGUUUGACUCGACUUGUCCAAGAAUGUUUCCGGCCUUAUCGAAUGGGCUUUGUAUAAGACUACAUCUCACCAGCGUUGAUAAAAGUCGAACGUUGAUACGCUUCAGCGUUAACCUUAUAAUAUAUUGUUUUAAGGGUUAAGUGUGACCAUGUCCAUACAUCUAACUGGUAAGUGGUAGCGCUCCAAAUGGAAACGUUGCGAAGUUAAAAUCGGUGGUACAGAAUUUUUGACUUUAAAUCUAGUAUCUUUAAGGUUAGUUUUACAGUGACAUAAUCGUUUUUUGACUCUCCAAUUAUUCUAUCAAUGUUGGUGAGUUGAGAAAACAGUUGAAUCCCACGAUCUAUCUACAGUCUAAAUUCUUGUCCUUAAUAUUUUCAGACAUACCAAAGAGGCUGGCUAUAAAUUCUCUUUUAAUCUGUGACAAUAUCUAAAUAUUAAAUUUUAUACUGCAAAUGCAUUGCCAAUAAAGUUUUGUUUAGACUUUGUAAUUAUAUUGCACUACAUCGAUGUCUGAUAUACCAACUUCUUUUAUCAAAGACUAAUCUGUGACAAUUUCUGAUAUAAUUUGUGACGAAAUGGCAUAUCUUGCUCUGCCUAACUAUACUAGUAUUUUUUAUUUGAAGAUCUUUAGCGUUAAGUCUCGCCCAAUUUCAAAUUAUCUUAAUUUGUUCAGGCUGUUUUGUAAUCUAUGGUGUGAACGAAAUAUUAUAAUUCAUUAAAAUUUUAAAUUAUGUGUAUUUUUUUAUUCAUAAAAAUUGAUGUUCUAGAAAGGUUAUGUAUUUAUUAUCUUUAAACUGAAACCAUGAAAAGUUUAACCAGAUCUGUAAUUUUUGUUUCACAAAAACGUUUCAAUCUCAGGUACAUUUAAAGUAGAAAUUUCAGCACUGCAACAUUUUUAAAUCAACACUUCUUUUUCUCUUUUUAAAGCCACGUUUAUGAAUACAAAACCAUACCGGUUUCCGUCGUUUUAAAGCUCUAGGGAAUUCAAUCAGUUGGUCUAGUCACAAUUUAAACAAAAUGAACCCUUUUUACGUGUAUUGAAGAUGAUGUCUUUGCAAUUUCUAAAUUACACUGAUGCCCUUCAGUGUAUUUAGACCUAUAAAUUGGUGACAUCACUGAGCAAAUCUAAAUUUUGAACUGAGCACUAAUAGUUGCAACACAUUUAUCUUCAAGAACUCUUAGAUCUAAAGUAUAAAAUCAAUAUUCCUUUUUCUUCCUAUAGUAUUAACCCUUAAGCAAGAAAAGGACAGCCUAACGGAAUUUGGCGUUUUGACUAGACUUACGGUAUCAUUACGCUUAAACAAUGGAAGACUGGCUAUUUAUAUCCCGAUUUAUAUCUAAACACAAGGACAUAAGACUCACAUUAGAUUAAUAUAACCUUAAUACGAGGAUAAGACAUAAUACUUUGAGAUUUGGGAAGUUUCUUUCUUAUUUUGUUUUGCGUGCUGACAACUCAAUGGACGGGAAAAAUCAUGCAUAAUGAUAAUAAUUAUUAUUGUCUCAUCAUCAUUGUCUGUGUCAUCAUGUUUUAUUUCGUGUGAAAGAUUUUUUGUUAGUGUAUACUAGGUGAACGGGGACGUGUUCAAAUAGACCAAUCAUGUUAUUGUUAGAUUUUUUCACGUUAUCUGUCGAUAGUUUGAUUAGUCGAAAUCACGUCUACGCUUCGCUUAGCUCCGCUUUAGUGGAAUCGCACCCUCAUUGGUGAUAAUUUUCGUAGUAAAAUUCGAAACGAUUUUUAAACUGAAUAUGGAAUGCAAAGCUUUUUAUGCUGAUGAGUUUUCAAUGGAUUUAUCGCGCGGUGUAACUAGAACUCUUGUAAUUUGCAACUUGUUACUAGAUAUCUAUGGCAUAUUCAAUUUUCCGAAAACGUUCCGAAUUUUGAUUUACUAUGGUAUAAAAAAAGGCGUCGAAUAUUAUUAUUUGCCUAGAAUUACGGAAAAAAUGGCAAUAUUGAGACUUUAUUGAAUAGUACAAUAAAAAUUAUUGGUUCGAUCUAUUAAGCUGGUCCAAAAUCAUAUAGGUUUUUUAAAUUUUUAAUAAAAAUCAUUAAGUAAAAUUUUAAUUUAAUAUUUAAUUCAAACAAAUUAUUGUGAAUCAGAUUUUUCACUGUUUAUGAGAGUAUUUCCCAUAAAUACAUGACAGAUUUUUUACUGUUUGCGUCCUUGUAGUUACGUAAACCACGCACGAGAUCAAUUUUCAAUCACUUUUUGAAUUAUAAUUAUGACUAUGACAAAAUAAUGUUAUUUACUAAAAUAAGUUCAUAAGGCAAAGUAUCCGGAGUUACGUGAAUUUACAUUUCUUUACCCGUUGUUCUUUUAUUCCUUCUUGUUGCUUUAUAU